CCCACGUCAACCUCUCCUCGAGAUAUGGCCGACGAUGCCGUUUUCUCUCCCGCCGACGAGGGCUUGUCGUCGAAUUCCGGCAUCGGUAUUACCAGUUGACGAGUUUUGGCUCUGGUUUCCACGGAUAUGUUUCUUAGUGUGUACCGUUGUCUGUUGAAGAAAUCUUGAUCGAAAAAAAUGCAUAGGAUGGACAUCAUAAUGUGGGCUGCACUUAUAGUUGAUGGAAGAAGGUUCUGAAAACAGUGAAGAACUGCUAGAUGAUGAAGGGGAGGAAGAUUUUGAGAUAGGAACCAAUGAUCUUGGGGAUGAAGGCAGCCAACUGCUUCAAGAAAAAAACAAUGAUCUGGAGAAUGCCAUUCAGCAGGUGCUAAGAAUUCAAAGAGUUGACCUUGAGAACGAUGGCGUGCCAGUACUCGGUAUUCAUGGUGUGGACCUUGAGAAUGGCAAUGAGCAUGUACUCGAGUUUGAGAGCAAUGGGCAUGAGGGGAACAGUGAGCGUAUGCUGGAGAUCCCAAGCACUGAUAAGGAUAGCUGCAGUGACCAAAUGCUUGGGGUUCCAGGCAGUGAUAAAGAGAACGCAACAGAUGCUGAUAUGGCUGUGAUGGGUGGUCAAACUGAUACCGGGGGGAAGUCUUAUCUCCCGCCUGUUGAGGGAAUGGAGUUUGAAUCAUACGAUGAUGCCUAUAACUAUUACAACUGCUAUGCCAAGGAGCUUGGAUUUGGUAUUAGGGUUAAAUCUUCUUGGACAAAGCGUAACAGCAAAGAGAAGCGUGGGGCAGUCCUCUGUUGCAAUUGUGAGGGAUUUAAAACAAUGAAAGAAGCAAGCACUCGAAGAAAGGAAACAAGAACUGGCUGUCUAGCAAUGAUAAGGUUGAGGUUAGUGGAGACUAAUAGAUGGAGGCUGGAUGAAGUUAAAUUAGAACACAACCAUUUAUUUGAUCAUCAGAGGGCUCAAAACUCCAGGUCGCAUAAGAAGAUGGAAGCAGGGGCCAAAAGGAAGUUUGAAUCAGCAGUUGAUGUAGAAGUACGAACAAUCAAGUUAUAUCGAACUCCAGCUGUUGAUGCAGUGAGUUGUGGAAGCUCGAGUGAAAGAGAACUCAGCAACCAUGUUGAGAUGGCGAAACGCUUAAAACUCAGAAAUGGUGAUGUAGUGGCCCUUUAUGAUUAUUUUCGUCGAGCGCAGCUUGCUGACCCAAAUUUUUUUUAUAUUAUGGAUCUAAAUGAUGAGGGGUAUGCAAGGAAUGUCUUUUGGAUUGAUUCUAGGUCAAGGGCUGCCUACGGCUAUUUUGGUGAUAUGGUAAUUGUAGACUCAACAUGCCUGUCAAAUAAGCAUGAUAUUCCACUUUUGUCGUUCAGUGGAUUGAAUCACCAUGGUCAACCUAUUUUGCUUGGUUGCAGUUUGCUUGUUGAUGAAACAUUUGAGACAUAUCUUUGGUUGAUGAGAGCAUGGCUUACAUGUAUGAUCGGACGUCCUCCACAAACUAUAAUUACCGACCAGUGCAAGGCAUUGCAGGAUGCGAUCUCUGAGGUUUUCCCCAGGGCUCAUCAUUGUCUUUGCCUACCCCUUGUUAUGAAGAGCAUUCACGAAAAAUUAGGAGAAGUGGCGGAGUCGGAAAUAUUUCAAACAGUACUAAACAGAACCGUGUACAACUCAAUGAAAGUAGAAGAAUUUGAAAUGGCCUGGGAAGAGAUGAUUCAACAUUUUGCUUUCAGGGAUCACAAAUGGCUUCAAAGCUUGUACGAGGACCGAGAAAGAUGGGUCCCAGUUUAUUUGAAAGACACUUUUGUUGCUGGAAUAUAUUCUUCAGAGCCAGGCGAAUACGUAGCUCCAUUUUUCCACGGGUAUAUACAUGAUCAAAUGACUUUGAAUGAGUUUUUCAGUAUGUAUGAAUUACUCCAACAAAAGAAGAUUCAGAAGGAAGCUCUUGACGAUCUCAAUUCGAGAGAGUUUAGACCUGUGUUGAGAACAAGGUGCAAUUAUGAAUUGCAGCUCUCCGAGUUAUAUACUAAAGAAAUAUUCUUGAAGUUCCAAGAAGAGGUGGUGCUGAUGUCUGGUUGUUUCAGUGUAACACAAAUUCACGCCAACGGACCAAUCUUCACGUAUAUGAUCAAAGAACGAGAUGCUGAGGGAGAUGCAAGGGAAGCAAAGAACUUUGAAGUCGUGUACGAUAAAGUAGGGGUAGACGUUCGCUGUAUCUGCAGUUGCUUCAAUUUCAGAGGAUACUUAUGCCGACAUGCAUUAAGCGUCCUCAGCUACAGCGGGGUGGAGGAAAUCCCAAUCCAGUACAUCUUAACACGGUGGAGGAAGGAUGUGGAACGCUUGUACACUCCCGAUCUUGGUUCCAACAACAUUGACAUCAGCAACCCUGUUCAAUGGUACGAUCACCUGUACAGACGUGCCAUGCAGGUUGUUGCAGAAGGGAUGGCAUCACAAGAUCAUCACAUGGUUGCUUGGCAAGCGUUCAAGGAAUCGCUCAAUAAGGUUCGUCUUGUUGCAGAGAAACCUGUAUAAAAUAGUCAGUAGAGAUGAAGGGCAACGUCGUCUACAGAAGUAUUAAAUCUUUCUUAUACGAAUUCAGAUAUGUUACUGUACAGUUAUCUUGCUAAGUGUAUAUACAUGUUAUUCUCCCGCUUCUUGUUGAAUACAGAGAGUAGCUCACUUUUGAGGUC